AUGGUCCCAGGAAGAUCAGAGCCAUGCGAGCCAUGCGAGCCAGCCAUGCUGGCAGUCAGCAACGAAGGCGAGGAUCCUGGAGCGAAGCACAGCGAGGUAGAGGAGACGCUUCCCAUUGGGGUCGUCGUUCAACCACCUUUGCAGGAGACUGAUGCGACGUGUGUCUCGCAAGACCUUCUGAAAGCCUUGGCAGCACCAACAUCCGAGCUCGACCUUUACGAACUCAACAGCGCAGACAUGGAAGCAGUGCUCCAACAAGAUGAGCUUAAUCAGGACUUAAAGAGACUGAACCUGGCUGGUAUCGAAGCGCUCGCCUACAUUUUGAUGCUGAAGCACGGCUCUCUGAAGCGUGCGUUCAACUGGUUUGACACCCACCGAAAGGGUAAGUUUAGCCAUGUGGUGUGGUCCACAGGCAUGGUACUCCUCAGGAUAGAUCUGGAGACCCUCACAGGCAUGAAGCCUGCACAGGUCUUCCACCUGAUGGACGGGAAUCCAGUGAACGGUUUUGUCUCAAGGAAGGAGUGGAACCAUUUUUUCGAAGCUCUUGAAGAGGGUCGGCUUUUAGAGCUGCUCGAAAAAGUUGCCAAAGAGCAGGGCACUAUUACACAGCGGGUAAAGAGCCGCACAGAGAAGCUGGAAGCAGAACGGCCGAUCCGUCAGAAGCCUUGCGAGCAGCCGGGGCCUAAUGAGCGCAGGCGCUCGAGGAGACUUUCUGUUCCUGUGGUUCAGCUCGUAUGCAGCGCGGAAAGAUCUGCUGAUGAGGAUGCCCGCUCGAAGGAAGAGGAAGAUCUUUUCCGCAAGAGGGCUCAGCGUGCUUUGGGUUCCUUGGCCGUGGGAGAUGCCUUGACUUAUGCGAAUGACACCUUCACCAAGUGGCAGACGGACGACCACAAAGAAAGCGUCUUGUCUCGUGGAGCAGGGCAAGCGUUGCUGUCGGAGCGCCUCCUCCCUGAAGAGAAAUGUGAUAUAAUCGAGGAGAUCGCCGAUGAGAUGGGCUUGUGGGUCCCGUCGUGUGAGAGCGACGCAGCAUCCAAGUCGAAGGCUGAUCUGGGCCGCUCCGGCACCGUGGCACUGAACCCUGGAGCCCGAGGAGACACUGCGGCCAUCGUCGUGUGCCACCUCCGCAAUUUCGCCGACGAAGCCGGCGACAAGCUGAAGAAGCUCAAGGGAACUCACAGUCGUCUGGAGUUUCCGCAGUCUCUGAAGCGGACGCAACGCUUCGUCGUUCAUGCACUUGCUGCAGAGCUGGAUCUCACAACUCUGUCAGAGGGCUUUGGUCGCGAGCGACGAAUUGUUGCUUACGACCUGGGAGACUUUGCACAGAACCUCCGCAGGAUAUUUCUGGACAUUGGGCCGGGGGAGUCGAAGGCCUUGUCGGAGAAUCUCUCUGCCGCGCAGCGACAGCUGGUGCACACCAUGGCCUUGGAGAUGUGUCUUUCGGUCAGUGGAAACGGCAAUUCGGGAUUGCAGGUUUGCAAUCUGCAGCAGUUCAAGGCGCAGGUGCACAAUCAGCUUGCACACCUGGCGGGCGGAGAGGUGGUAGACUUCGGCACGACUCUGUCGGAGCAGGAGAGGCACAUAGUUCACGAGACCUCGGCAGCUCUUGGAUUAACGACGGAAACACAAGGCCGAGCACGAUUGCUGAAGGUAGCAAAUCUGCGGGAGUUCCUCGCAGCUGCACAAGCCAAAAUGCAGGCUCUCAAGGACCCGAAGGAGAGACUUACUCUCGGACCACCUCUUACCUCAAUGCAGCUUACGGCGUUGGAGGACAUGGCUUCCGAAGCGGGCUUGCACUUCGCAAGGAGAACAUCAGAUGGGGUGACUCUGGUCGUGUCGAAGUCGGAGAUCCCACCGCCUGGGCACGUGGAGGUUGAGGAUGCAGCUGCAGAUGCAAGGUCCGUGACCGCUGCGCCGCGUCAGCCUCCCGACGUGCACAAGGUGCAUGAGAAGAGACAUGCUGCUGACGAUUGCGACCCAGCACCGCCAGAGAGAGACUCUCAGGUCUCGCUGAUAACAGAGGUCUUCGAGGUGUACUCUACCGGCCAGCACCGCGGACAGCGAACCUUCCUGCGCUUCUCAGACUUGCGAGAAUUUGCAGAGGACUUGAGGGAGGUCCUGCCUGAGGUGCGCAAGAACUUCCACAAGUUCACAGGCCGUGCCAACCUUCUGACUGUAACCAACCCCGUCUCCCUUGUGGACGCAGGCGAGCUUGAGAACAUCUACGAUGACACCCAGCAGCUGCAGUGUGACAUGGGCGACCACUCCUCUAAAGGACUCACGCUGCGCUUCUUUCAGGUUUUCGUUCAGAAGGUGAUUCGAAGGUUAGGCCCAAGCAUCGUUGGCGCCCUCGGUGCGUUGGUCGACGGGCGCGACCGCUUUUAG